GCUCUCAAGAAGACGGUCGUACGGCGAUGGCUGUGCCUUGUUACCCUGGGACUCCAAACAUGGAUGUGCCAAGGUCACUUGAACCGGAGCAACUGCAACGACCUAUGGGUACAGCACAAGGUGCGCACUUCGGGAACCUACCAGAUCGACGUAGAUGGCGAGGGUCCGCUGAAGCCCAUUUGGGUCGACUGCGAAAUGGGAGACGGUCGCGAGCAGUUCCAGGUUCUCACCAUCGUCCACCAUAACCUGGAAGAGACCCUGCAGGUUCGGGGCAAGGAGCCACCUGGCUCCUACUCGCGAAACGUCACCUACGGGGACGCCACUGAACGACACCUGGCGACGCUCAUCGACAGCAUGUUUUCCUGUCAGCAGCUCGUACGCUGGGACUGCAAGGGCGCCAUGUUCGGAUUCUGGUACCCUCCCGGACUGGACAGCUGGUGGGUUGGCCGGAACUGGAAGGACCAAUUCUACUGGGGCGGCGCCGAGACGGACAGCCGCAGCUGUGGUUGCCAUCCGUACUGCCUGCGCACGCGGCGCAACUCGACGUGUAACUGCGACGCCAACAUCAAGCAGAUGUGGCUGGAAGACGCGGGCCUCCUGCUGGACGCCCGGAGACUGCCCGUGCUGCAGCUACGCUUCGGCGACACCGGAGAGGCCAACGAGGCCGGCAAGCACACGCUCGGGCCUCUCGUUUGCCGAGCCACGGGUCACGUGGACGUGUUCCGGGGCAGCUUCGUGGCGCCGGUGACGAUCACGAGCUCGGGCUACCCGUCGUCGUACCCGCCGCCCUUCCACCGCUACCUGUGGACCGUGUCGGUGGAGGCCGGCGACGCGAUGGAGCUGGUGUUCCUCGAGUACGACGUGCUACACUGGGGCGCCUACACGGCCGUGCCCGGGUGCCGCAGCGCGGUGAGCGUGUCCGCGUGGCGCCACUCGGACGGCGCCCGGUUCUCCAUCGAGCGGCAGGAGACGGCGCCGCCGUACUUCGUCACCGACGGAUCGCGCACCGUGCUCAACCUCACGCUAACCACCUGCAACCAGAUCAUGAAAAAACAGCUCACCAAGAGGGGUUUCAUGGCCGAAUUCAGGAGAGCCGAGUGCACCGGAUGCGAAGCAGGCUUCGGCAUCAACGGCUCACAGACGGUCUGCAGUGCGCCGUGCGGCAUCAUCUCUUCCUACGGAUAUCCGUACCCGCCGGUGUCGUACGAGCCUACCGGUCACUACGAGCACACGUGGGUCGUUCGAGUGUCACCGGGACGCGUGGUGCGGCUGCAGUACAACGACUUCGACGUGGCCUCGAGACCCGGUUCUCGCACGUGCGACAAAGACUGGGGGCUCGUGUCCAUCUACAGCGGCAAGAACGUGAGCGACGCGACCAGCCUGGUGGGCAGCUACUGCAACCUGAACCGCCAGGGCGUCGUCUUCUCCGAGACCAACGUCAUGAGCAUCGUCUUCCGCGGCCGCUUUCGCAAAAUCGGAAACUCGAGGGGAUUUCACGCCACCUACCGGGAGUUUCGGCCAUUGCCCAAAGAAGCGCAAGGCAAACCGGCGCAACAGAACACCACCUACGAGCACUACGAGGCGCAGCUAGCGGUCGACGAGGAUCCAUCAUCCUGCGCCUCCACGGAGUUCAUCAAAGACCCCUGGUGGCAAGUGAACCUGCAGAAAGAGCAUUUGGUGUAUGCUGUCGAAAUACACAACGUAGCGGACACGUCGGACGUGACAUCAUGGCCUAGUGGGUCGUACGCGCUGCCCAUGCCCGUGUCCGGCUGUCCAUCGGCGUCGGGCUUCGUGUGGCACACGGGCUGCCGCUUCCACGACAUCUUCUACGACGUCGUCGAGGACGACAAGAUCCGCCAUUGGAGCGACGGCAUAAAACUUCAAGGAGGCUUGCAGGAGGAUGGUGGCGUGAAGCAGUGUUUUUGUGUCAAGAAAGAGGACGCACCUCCCAGCAGCAAUGCCACCUCCUGGCCACCGGGAAACUACUGCAUUCUGCAGGUGGGUGACGCCUGCCCCGACGGCUUCCUGGCCGGUGGUUACGUCACGUGGAUAGACCGGCCGCCUGCAGACCUGAAAGCGCUGAAUCGUGCCGAGGGCGCCCUCCCACGUGGCCGCUACACAGCGCACAAUACCACUCUGCACUUCUGCUGUCGCAGUGACGGAAGCGUGGACGCCGCCAUACGCUUACCCACUGGCCUGCCCUUCUACCUCCUGCAGUACGACGCCGGUGCCUGCCAGCAGGUGCAGGGCAUGUCGGUAUUCGAGCAGUGGUUCCACUUCAUGGAAGACGAGCUUGGUGCCCGGAUGACCGCUGAGGCCGACUUGCACUGGCGGAGUGCCCAAGUUCAGGGAGCCGCACCCGAGACUCGACUCAACCAUGUUUGA